UUUAAAGAUAAAUGCAAUAAACAAAUAGUUUGAUUUUUGGCCCCUGGAUGUGCGAUGUUUGUUUAUUUUUUGUUUUUUGAUAUCUAAUUAAGAAACCAUGCCAGCUCUUGACAUUCACGGUAUUAAGGUGGAAUUUCCAUUCACCGCUUACGAGGUGCAGAAGUCGUACAUGACAAAAGUUAUUCAAGCCUUAAACACACAUCAGAAUGCUGCUCUUGAAUCUCCAACUGGUACCGGGAAAACACUUUGCUUGCUUUGUUCUACAUUAGCAUGGAGGAGGCAACAUUUAAAUGAGUUGAAGAAACAUACCAAUCCUGUAUCACAGGAGGACGCCUGGUCUUCAUCAGAAAAGUCAAAGGAUUCAGCGAUUCCAGCUCCCAAAAUAAUUUAUGCUUCAAGAACACAUUCACAAAUUUCUCAAGUUGUAAAAGAGCUGAAACGAACAGAUUAUGGAAAAGAUAUAACCAUCAGCAUACUUGGAUCACGGGAACAGAUGUGUAUCCAUCCUGAGGUUUCCAAACAAACAAGCAACCAAGCCAUGGUCCACAUGUGCAGGGGAAAGAUAAACAAACACACUUGUCAGUUUUAUAACAAUGUUGAAGAUGCAAAAAAGAACAACAUUUUUACAACUAAAGUGAUGGAUAUUGAAGAGCUCGUAACAGUCGGCAAAUCAAGAACUGUUUGUCCUUAUUACUCCGAACGUGAAGUAUCAAAACAAAACGAGUGUGGUAUUAUUUUCACUCCAUAUAAUUAUCUCCUGGAUCGAAAAUCACGAGCCACCAACAAUCUUGAAAUUCGAGGGAAUAUCGUUAUUUUUGACGAAGCUCAUAAUCUUGAAAAGUUAUGCGAAGAGUCGACCUCAUUUGACCUCACAUCUCUGGAGGUUGCGAAGUGCAUAGAAGAGGUUGGUGAUGUCCUUGAUGCUGCCACGAAAUUCGAAGAGUCAGGAACAGUUGCUGACGGUCACGAAAACGGAGAGUCUUUAUCUUUGAGUGAAUUUAAAAGUCAAGACCUUGCAAUAAUGAAGUCAGUUUUUAUCGCCCUUGAAAAACUUUUGGAUCAAGUUGAGUUAAAUAAAGAUACCAAGAGUCGAUCAGAGCCAGGAAAGUUCAUGUUCGAAUUUCUCUCCAAAAUUAACCUCACAGAAUCUACUUAUCAAAUAAUGCUUGAUGUUGUGGAUAAAAUAAGCACCUAUCUGUCUACUUUGAGCAACUCGCUUCGUAUACGAGGUGCUGCCUUACAGAAAUUCUCCGAAAUUGUUAAAGUUGCAUUUUCUUGGAUGGAAGAUGAAACAAAAGGUCACAUGACCCGAGCUCAGCGAAUGCAAGAGCUAUGCAUGUGUUAUCGUGUGCAUAUAUGUGAGAACGCUGAAACUGGAAAGUCAACUGAUGUCUGGAAAAGAUCUGCCAAUACUUCUUCUAAACCAGGUCGCACAAUAUCAUUCUGGUGUUUCAGUCCUGGUUACGCGAUGACCAAUUUGGUAAAAUGUGGGGUUCGAAAUCUUAUUUUAACCAGCGGGACUUUAUCUCCGCUGGAAUCUUUCACCAGUGAACUACAAAUAGAUUUUCCGAUCACGCUGGAAAAUGAUCACGUUAUAGACAAACACCAAGUGUUUGUGAUCACAUUAACUCAUGGGAAAAAGGGAGGUUUAUUAAAUUCAACAUUCAAGACCAGAAAGGAUGUGAACCAAGUGCAAGAACUCGGACUUACAGUUGCUGACAUGAUCGCUGCAGCACCAGGGGGCGCUCUUGUGUUCUUUCCUUCGUAUUCUGCGAUGGCUGAAUAUUUGACAAUAUGGAAAGAAAACUCUAACGUAAUGACGCUUGUGGAAAAAGUAAAACCCUGCACUGUUGAACCCAAGAAUAAACAUGAGCUAAGAACUGCAAUUGACAAAUAUUAUACAGACGUCAACACUGGGGGAGGAACUUUUCUUGCUGUUUGUCGAGGCAAAGUUUCAGAAGGACUUGAUUUUUCUGACGAUAACGGACGAACAGUGAUCAUCGUUGGAAUCCCGUAUCCUCCUGCUUUUGAUCCGAGAAUUAAGAUGAAGAUGGCUUUCCUGGAUGACCUCAGGACCAAAGGAGCAACAAGUUUACUGACUGGUAGGGAAUGGUACAGACAACAAGCUUGCAGAGCUGUCAAUCAAGCUAUUGGAAGAGUCAUUCGACAUAGAUAUGAUUAUGGGGCAAUUGUUUUAUGCGAUCAUAGAUACGCAGGCAGAGAUCAACUAAGUGAGCUUCCAAAGUGGGUUCAACCUCACGUAGUUAAAUUCAACAACGCAGCUAAAUGCAUCAGAAGACUUCGUUCUUUCUUUUGCUCCGUCAACGAAAAGGAAAAAAAUCGUUUAAAGGAAGCUUAUGAAUAUUGUGAGUUUGACAACAAAGCCGAAACUUCUUCAUGUAAAAAUCUUUCCCCAAAAUCUGAUAUCGCAACAAAUGUAAAAACUUUAAAUUCAAAUAAAAGAGCCAAGGUGUGCAUCAAGUACAGUGAAAGUGACCAACACAAUAAUUAUGACAUGUAUAUGUCCCCUGUUUCAAUUUCUCAGCCUACCUCAACGAAAAAAAGGAAAAUUUCCUCCACAGAAAAAAGUGGCCCUGCCAAACAGAAGAAAAGUUUGCUUGAUGCUUUGGAUAAUAUUGUGAGCGAUGAUGAAGAAAUUUCGGAUGAAAAUAAUUCUGCCCAAAAUAAUAUGCCCACUGCCACUACAAUACCUGACAUAAGGAAAUUUAAACAAAGGAAAAAGAUCAUUGUAAAGAAAAAAGGAACAGAGUUUAAAACGUCAAAAGAAAAUACAAAACAAGAUUCUUCGAACAACUCAAAACAAGCAUUAGGUUUUGAUAGCACACGUUUGACAAGCGGGCCAUACCAGUAUUACAUUGAAUGCACCAAAUCAACACUAAGCACUCCAUUAUAUCUUGAGUUUAAAAAAGCUGCACGAGAUUAUACAAAGAAUGGUGACGUUGAAACGGUGUUUAAUUCCCUGCACGAUGUAUUCAUGGUGGUUGGCUCGCAGCACCCAGAGUUGUUAAGCAGCUUCGUUCGCUUCAUACGAGCCGAACAUCGGGCCCAAUACACCAAGCUAUGUUCAGCGCGGACAAAACAAAGCUCAGAUACACCGGUGUAACAACGGCUGGCGUGUAGAGGGCCUGUUCGAGUUGCUGAGGCUGCGAAGACCUGUCCAAUCGCACACGGGCAACUUAGCGUCGCUGGGUGUACGGUUUCCAUUAUGUCAGUUGGACCAAUUCAAAGCGAGCGAUUGAAAAUCGUUCGGAAUCCAACGACACCUGAUAUAGCUUGUGUACCGGGUUUCAUAAGCGCAUUCUAAAUAAAAAUAUUCCUCGAAGAAUAAA